AUGUCAACAGGAUCCCUAUUGACAAUACAGAAGAGCCUCAAGCUCUCUGAACUACCAUCUGAGGAUGCGCUUCUUGCUGCGGCUCGUGAACUCAUCGCCUCCACGUAUUCCUGGAAGCGUGGCAAGUCGUUCCAGAAAAACAAAGUCCAUACCUUUUCUCGAUCAAAGGGUGCCGGCGAUGGUGCCGCAUGGCAUGGUAGAGUUAGCGAGCAUACCGCCGAGGAUGCAACGUUCGACGAGUUCUGGAGUAAGAUCGGCCACGACCACGCUAACAACGAAGUGGCCUUCAUGAAGGAAGUCAAGAAAGCUACUUUGGUGAAACAAGUCACCUCCAAUAUGUCUAUCUGGUCGAUGUACUAUGAAUUUACCCCGCCUGUGUCACCACGAGUAUUCACCGUUCUGCAAUUUGCCCAUCUGGAUGAGACCUCUCCGAGGACAGGGUUCCUCAUACAAGUUCCGGUAGAUAUCACCGAAGAUCCAGAGCUAGCAAAGCUUGAGGAGAAGGCAGUGAAAGGCCGUUACUGCAGCGUGGAAAUCAUCAAAGAGCUUGAAAAUGGCAAUGUAGAAUGGCGUAUGGCCACCUCCAGCUCCCCUGGUGGCAGCAUCCCCACGUUUAUCGUAGAGAGCUCGAUGGCUAGCACGAUCUCUGCGGACGUUCCGCAUUUCUUGAAUUGGUAUCAUUCGAUACGACCUAAAGCUACCUCAACUCUACCCAGUACCGUCACUCCGACUGUGACAGCAGAUAUACCAGUCCCUGGCAUUGCCCCCACAACUGUUACCAGCGGAACGGCAAGCGGUCCUGUCGCCUAG